AUGGCCAAUGUCGAUGUUAUAGAUCCAUUCCAGGUCAGCGCGGUCAGCAUCGAACAAGCACACUCGCAGCCGAGGCUGAAGAAAGAGGCACUGGUGGUGGUAGAGGAGAGCAACCCAGCUGAAGCCUUGGACAGUGCCAGGCCCCUUGAGGAGACGCCCAAGAUCGAGACACAGCCUGACGGUCGCCCUGCAAACACCCUCCAUGAAGCAUAUCCCAAAUCCAAUGUACAGCUUCUUGACCAUCACAUUGAUGAAGGGAGAAGUCUAAAGGUCGUCAUCAUCGGCGCCGGGCUGUCUGGUAUCCUCGCCGGGAUAUUACUGCCAGUCAAGGUUCCCAAGAUUGAACUGAUCAUCCUCGAAAAGAACGACGACGUGGGAGGGACAUGGCUGGAAAACGUAUAUCCCGGCGUCAGAUGUGACAUUCCCUCACAUGUCUAUCAGUCGACCUUUACUCCAUUCACUCAAUGGUCACAACAAUUCGCCGAGGGCCAUGAGAUUCUGCACUACUGGCAGACCCAGGCCAGGAAGUACGACGUCUACAAGUACAUCAAGUUUGGCCGGCGGGUCCAGGACGUUGACUGGAACGACCAAGACGGCCAGUGGACCAUCACCGGGGUGAAUCCCAAGACCGGCGAGUCUUUCACGGAGAAAGCAGACUUUGUGUUGCCGGCCAUAGGCCGUUUCAAUGAUUGGAGGCUCCCGGCGUACCCUGGAGUGUCCGACUAUCAGGGUCACCUUCGACAUACCUCGAACUGGGACCCGUCGUUUGAUCCCAAGGGCAAGAAGAUCGCCAUCAUCGGCAACGGGGCCAGCGGGAUCCAGGUGCUCCCGAAUCUGCAGCCCCUUGCGAAGCACAUUGACCACUACGCCCGGAGCAGGACGUGGAUUGCCGGCUCGUGGGCCGGCGACGAGCGCACCUUCGAGCCGCAGUGGUACUCGGAGGAGCAGAAAAAGGAGUUUCUCGACCCGGAGAAGUACCUCAAGUUCCGCAAGGAGCUCGAGGACAAGUACUGGCGACGGUUCCCGUCGACGUUCCGCGGGUCCGAGGAGAACCUCGCGAUGCGCGACCGCUUCAUCCAGAUCAUGGCGCAGCGGCUGGCCAAGAAGCCCGAGCUGCUCGACCUCCUCGUGCCAGACUUCAAUCCAAACUGUCGCCGCCUCACGCCGGGGCCGGGCUACCUCGAGGCCCUGACGGCCGACAACGUCACGCUGAUCCAGGACCCCAUCAAGCGCUUCACCGCCACGGGCAUCGAGACCGCCACGGGCGAACACCGCGAGGUGGACGCGGUCCUGUGCGCGACGGGCGCCGCCAUCGACUUUGUGCCGCCCUUCAACGUGCGCGCCCGCGGGGUGAAUCUCAAAGAAGCGUGGCGGCCUCUGGGCGACGGGGAGAAAGUCGACGCCAGCCACUUCGGCUGGCCGUACACGUACCUGGGGCUGGCGGUGCCCGACGUGCCCAACCUCCUGUUCAUCCACGGGCCGCACGGGGCGGGACCGUCGGGAACCGUCCCGCACAGCGUCGAGGUCCAGGUGACGUACUACGCGAAGCUGCUGCGCAAGGUGUCGACGCAGGGCAUCAAGGCCAUGUGGCCGUCGCGGCGGGCGGCCGACGACUUUGUCGCCUACGCCGACGCCUUCUUCCCCACCACCGUGCUGACCGACAACUGCAGCUCGUGGGCCAACGGCGGCAAGCCGGGCGGCCGCGUCCACGGCGUCUGGCCCGGGAGUGCCGGACACGUCACCCUGGUGCGCAAGGAGCCGCGCUGGGAGGACUGGGAGUACGAGUAUCUGCACGAGAGCGGCAACCGGCUCAUUGGCUGGUUCGGCAAUGGGUGGACGAAGAAGGAGAGGGACGACACCGAGGACAUGACGCCGUAUCUGCAGCUCGAGGGCACUGUAGAUCUAAGACUGCUGCAUGAGAAGUGGUGGGAAUAG